CCUAAAAUUCAAUUGGGCCUUUUAGGGUAUUGUAUUAUGUACUCCGUAUUAAAAAUCGUGCACCGGCCGGGUUCUGGUGGUCUAAAAGUAAACUCACAUUUAUGUUUGUCAUAGUAUUCCAAAAUCUAAACUCCUCCUAGGGUUUUCGAAAUUCGACCCCAUUCGCCAUCCUCGGUAAGUUUAGAUUUUCACAGCGUCUAUGUAUGGAUUUCUAGUUUUUUUACGAGAAAGAACCUUCUCUUUACGGUUUAUUUUAAAGGAAACUUAAUCUAAUUUUGUGUAUUUUGUGUAGAAGGUGGGACUUUUGGAAGAUCAGUUGUUGAUUUGCAGGUAACACAAAAUGGCCCGGGUGUACGUUGGGAAUCUGGAUCCCCGGGUGUUAGACAGGGAACUCGAGGAUGAAUUUCGAGUUUAUGGCGUCCUUAGGAGUGUGUGGGUGGCUAGAAGGCCUCCGGGCUAUGCAUUUAUUGAGUUUGAUGAACGUAGGGAUGCUCUGGAUGCUAUCCGUGAAUUGGAUGGGAAGAAUGGCUGGCGUGUGGAGCUUUCUCAUAAUUCAGGUGGAGGCCGUGGUGGCCGUCGUGGUGGAGGUGAUGAUUCAAAGUGCUAUGAGUGCGGUGAACCUGGCCACUUUGCUCGUGAGUGCCGCUCGCGUACUGGCCAAAGAGGGUUUGGAAAUGGGGGGCGUCGAAGUCCUAGUCCCAGACGACGUAGGAGCCCAAGUUAUGGACGGAAAAGCAUUAGCCCUCUUGGAAAACGAUCUCCACCACGUCGCUAUCUUUCUCCUCGUCGUGGUCGGAGCUACAGCAGGUCACCUACUUACCGUCGUGCUCGUCGAGACUCACCAUAUGCCAAUGGUUCACCAGGAUAUCGGCGUGGUUGAGGCAAAUCACCUUAUGCAAAAUGGAGUUUGAAGACCAAAUAUGGUGGACGACCAGGAAAUGCUGAAGGGUCUGUUAUGCUGUAGUCUGAUAGAGCUAGAUGGAAGAGUAUCAUUCUGUACUUAUUUCGCGUGGCGUUUCAGCUUAUAGUGGACUUGACCUAGGAUGCCCCUCCAUUUUCCCGUCGGCAUGCUCUAUUUGGUUUGCUUUCAUACUUAAAACUACCAAACCAUAUCUGUUUUUACACUGCGAUUAAAAUUGUUCUAAAUUAUUUACUAUGAGUGGAUGUAACAUGCUAUAUUUUCUGUUUUUGAGGUAUGAUUACGUGUUAUCACCUCAAACUGCCCGACAUCGUUAAUGUGAGACUCUGCAUGUCUGCAUCACACCUCGCAUCAACUGUUUUAUCAGUCUGCCACAUCUGCUCCACCUUGCUCUACUGUUUAUCGACAUUGUUCGCAACCCCACGACCUUGUUAACUUCUCAAUAAUUCAAAACGACUUUGAUAGAAAAAAGCUUACUUUACUACCCCAUCAUUCUGCACCUGCCCUGCCAUAUUCCAAUACUACAACAAACAUGACAUCGGCUUAUGUGAUAAUUUUUAUUAUUCCAAGCAGGAACUUAUGCAGUCUCAUUUAGUUAGUGUCAUUUUGUUACAAGGUAGUUACAUGUCUAUGCAGCAUUGUUUUGGUUGUAAUAGGAUUUUUAUGGUUUAGAAAACCUUUUUUGCCACCCUGACUGACCAAAUUGCUCGCCAUAAGCAAUGAAACUGCAUGACAAUGAUGACAUCAUGACAAAGUGUUGCAUACUUGCAUUUGACAGUCUUGUUCAUGCACUUGACAUUGUUAUGUGAUGC